GUGGGAGAAGGCAGAGACCCCAGCUGCCGGAGUGGAUCGUGGGCUCCUGGCAGAUGAGGACUCCUUCUGCGGCACCCAAGUGCCCAGGGACAGUUAAGCUGGCUGUGAGCCGCGGCAGAUGCUCAGGAACCCUGAGUUACAAAAGAAAAGCGCUCACUUGGGUUCUGCCUCCAGCGCCCACCGCGUCGUCAGACGCCCCUGGCUGAGCCGAGGCUUCAAGGCUUCCGUUCUGUCUCCCUCCCCGCUGGGGCGGGACCGUAGAUGCACCCGCCCAAGAAGGAAGUGGUUUAGUCACCCUGGGUAGGGGAGCAAACCUAGAGGUUGAUCCCUCUCACGACCCCCUGCCCUUCUCUGCCACAAACCCCGCUCCCAGAAGUCCCUCCUUCCGUGCGGACUUGCACCUUCCAGCCGGAUGUCUGGCGGCAAGUUAUGGUCAGUGCAGGGCGGGAUACAAGCACCGUGGGCCCCCCGCCCCCCCGGGGGGGCAGGGGGCCGGGGAAGCUAGAGUUUGAACUGACCGCAUGGAGUCACCAGGGUCACGGAGGUGGGGGCGGUACGGGGAGGAGCUGGAAGACCCCCUCUUUCAGGCUCCGCGGUACCCCAGCCUCCCUGGUGUCUGUCGAAGAAUUGGAGAACCCAGAGUUCAUCGGCGCAGGCAGGUUCGGGGUGGUGUUCCGGGCGCGACACAGGUCGUGGGAUUUAGAUGUGGCGGUCAAGAUCUUGAAGGGGGAGGCGAUAUCCAGGGAGGUGAAGGCCAUGGCAAGUCUGCGCAACCAGCACCUACUGCUCCUGCUGGGGGUCACCCAGAAGCUACAGUGGGAAUCCACCUGCGGGCCGGCUCUGGUGACUCAGUUCCUGGAAAAUGGUUCCCUGGCAGGGCUGCUGCAGCCCGGCUGUCCUCGUCCCUGGCCUCUCCUCUGCCGCCUGCUGCAGGAGUUCGUGCUGGGGAUGUGUUACCUGCAUGGCCAGAACCCCGUGCUUCUGCACCGGGACAUCAAGCCCUCCAACGUCCUGCUGGACUCAGACCUGCACGCCAAGCUGGCAGAUUUUGGCCUGUCCACGUUUCAGAGAGGUUCAAGGUUAGGAGCUGGCUCUGGGGAGUCAGCCUCAGCCUACUUGGCCCCAGAACUGUUGGCUGAUGUAAACAAGAACGCCUCCAUGGCUAGCGAUGUCUACAGCUUCGGGAUCCUAAUGUGGGCAGUGCUAGCUGGAAGAGAAGCUGAGAUGGCCCAGACAUCGCUGGAGCAGGAAGCAGGGUGUGAGAGGUGGAUCCGGCCCCCGCUGACCAAGCUGCCCCAGCCCAGCCCUAAGACUCCUGGCUUGGAAGGACUGACGGACUUAAUGCAGCACUGCUGGGGCCAGGAGCCCAAGGACAGGCCCUCCUUCCAAGAAUGCCGACAAAACACCGAGCAAGCCCUCAGUCUGGUAACCAAGGAGAUGGAUGCCGCAGUCUCCACGGUGAAGAAAUUCCUGUGUGAAAACCGGGGCAGCAACAGGAUGUCGUCUGUGCCUAAGCCAGGCCCAGGAGGGACAGAAACGGAAGGCCCUAGGGGAACCACAGGAAGCCAUGACAUCAUAGCCACUGAGAUGCUAAACAAACUAAAUCUGAAGGAGUCCCCCAGCUCUGUUCCUAAAAAAUGCACAAACCUUCCUGAGAGGAUCAGGGCAGGGGAAGACAAAGUUCAGGCCGCCCAGAUAGCAGGGAUAUCUUCCGAUUCAACAGCCCCAUCUCCCCAAACUCCAGAGACCUCACUUUUCAGAAAUCAGAUGCCCAGCCCCAACUUGGCUCGGACCCCAGGUCCUGGACCCAAAGGGAAUCAGGGGGCUAAGAGACGUGGCACCAACUGGUCUCCCAGGGCACCACGGCCCAAUCCAAAACCAGGGAAUCCUGUUACCAUACGUGACAGCCAUGCGGUGCAGGUGGGCGACAACAACUACUUGGUUAUACAAGAAGGAACUGCCUUGCCCACGCCAGGCCUGGCGCCUUGGGGCCAGGGUCAAGGCAGGCCGCGUGCCCCCCACAAGUAGGUUGGAAAGGAGGGCCGCAAGAACCAAGAAGCCCGGAGCCGGCUGCAGGGCUGGUAUGACGCACCUUCUGAGCUACCUCUUGGAUGUGAGGCAAUUAGCUGAGGCUUUCUUUGACGGCCAACUGAUUUGUGCACACGGAAGUCAAUAAACGUGAUGGGUUUUGAAAACCAAAGCGCCACACUUGGGAGGCUAAGGCUUAGGCCAGGGGCUGGCGGUGGAGACGCGGAUGGGAGCCUGCAUCCUGCGUUCGGUCGGAGCUGAUCCGGAGGGAGGCCCUGCCCUCUAGCCGUCGGUCGGAGCUGAUCCAGAGGGAGGCCCUGCCCUCUAGCCGUCGGUCGGAGCUGAUCCGGAGGGAGGCCCUGCCCUCUAGCCGAGGCCGGAAGCGGGAUGCUCCGGGCUGGGGGUGGGUGGCGGCGUGGCACACAAGGUCAGGGCCCAGCUGGCGGCAGGAAGGAAUCCCUGAGGCCUUGGCUCCAUGGGCCGCUCUAAUCCUGGGCGGACCACUUCCUCUAGAUCGGCUGAGACCCUACCCUAUACCAAAAUUCUGGGGAUAGUCUCCCUUUUCCUCUGGGCCCCCCUUUUCCUCUGGGCUACGGAGACGCCGCAGUGGGGUGCUGGGGAGAGGGCUCUCCAUGGGCAUUGGAAGACCCCGGCACAUCUCUUGCCCUGCACAAUGCCCCCAGCCUCUCGGAGGCUCCAGAAAUCAGCCUGAUUUCUUAUUCCCCUCCACCGCCUGCGCUCCCGCGCACGUUGCUGCCCAGGCGGAGCCCUUUGACCCUCAGCUGGUGUCUGCGGUGGAAAGCUUUGGCUCCACAGAGCUACACACAGACGUGCCCCCUCCCAUGGAGCAGGACCCGGUGGGACAGGAACAGUUCCCAGACUCCACAGCAGCUGUAUCCAGGCAGGAGGGGAGCAGAACGGGCCCACCCGCCGCCCCCUCCCCAUCCGACCUAAAUCCUAGCCCCGAUUGGGCCUCACAUCCUUCCCUACAUUCUCACCAGCCUUCACUCCAGCGCUCCUUCACUCUCCUGGUGGCCAAGGGCCCACCCCAUUUUGACACUUGCUGCUCAGCCUGGCCCACCCCACCCCCUCGCCUCUCCCACGGUUC